AUGUCUCCCAACGCGACCGCCGCCGACCUCGCCGCCGCCCACGGGAUGGAUCCCGAGGAGAACAACAAGUCGGGCCCUUCUGGUGGGCCUACCACUAACAGCUCCAUUCCUGCUGCUUCUGCUACCUCUUCGGCUGCUCCUGCCGCCGCCCAGGGUUUAUCCCCGGGUGACUACUCUGUCGCUGAUGAGGCGGAUAAGGCGAAGGAGGUCUAUAAACUUCAUAGCCUGAUCCAGGAGCAGCGCCGAGCCCAGCUCGAGGAGACGAAGCGCCUGAAAGAACAGGACCAGGCUGAAAAAGAGGAGAAGGAGCGCCUGCAGAAGGCGAAGGAGGCUCAGGUGAUGAAGAACAAGGAGCAUAAGGCUCGCAUUGAGAGAGCCAUUCAGGCCACUCCUGAGGAGCGUGCGGCCUACGAAACGGCCAUGAACAAUGUGGAGGACAGAAGAAACAGAGAGCGCUACCGGGCUAAUACGAUGGCCAGCAUCAAUGGCUAUCUUGCGCGCCAGGGUAAGAAGCGCAAAUGA